CUUUCCAGGAAGAGGAUAUGAGCAAUUGAUUUAAUUCUCCUUUGUGUUAAUUCUGAUUGCAGAAAAAAAACAAUAAUAAAGUAUUUGGAUUGCUCAAAAAAAAAAAAGUAUUUGGAUUUCGGCGAGAGAAAAAAUUGACAGUCUUUGAUUUCUCUCUCGCCGUCGUAGAAUUUGGCAGCCCUGUUACAUCCUCUUCCAAGUUUCAUCUCAGUUGAGAGAGAAAGAGAUGUUUACUAAUAAUCAAAGACAAGAAGAGCGUACUGGCAAAAGUGGAACACCAAGGCUUCAAUAUUUACAGGAGCUUGUGAGUCAGUUUCAGAAUGCAACUGAUGAACAAACUAAAGAGCGAACUGUAGCAAACUUGGCGAACUUUUCAUAUGACCCUUACAACUACACCAUCUUACGUCAGCUAAAUGUCUUGGAACUAUUCAUAGACUGUAUAACAGAGCCAAAUGAGAAGCUUGUCGAAUUCGGGAUAGGAGGAAUUUGCAACGCUUGUGCUGAUCCAAAGAACGCUGCUACGAUUGUUGAUGCUGAUGGAAUUCCUCUAAUAAUCAAAUGUUUAUCAAGCCCUGUCCGGAACACUGUGAAUUACGCGCUGGGGGCUUUGUAUUACAUUUGUGACUAUGACAGAGCAACAAGAGAGAUGAUUCUGAGAGCAGAAGUACUGGAUCUCAUCGAGAGGUAUGCAGCAGCUGAGACGGUCUGUGUAGGCUUUAGUAACCUGGCUAAGGCGUUUCUUGACAAGCAUGUUCAUGCUAGCACAUGAUUGCUAAUACCGAAGUUGUAUAGCAAAGGGCUAAAACGUAAACACUACGAUUGGUGUUUUGAGGAUUUAGCAAGUGUUUAGUUGUGUGUCUUGUGAGAAUCUAGAUGUGUAGUACUGUAGUGAGUAAGUUUUAAACGUUGGACUAGAUUUUGAUCGUUGAUUGUUUUAAAUUUUAUUUGAAUUUACUUUAGUAUGAGCAACAAAUUUAUCGUAUAUAGAUUUUAAAAUAUAGAUCAUUGAUUUAUU